AUGCAUUUGGAUGAUAUUUCGGAAGUAAUAAUUCCCAAGAGUUGUACGAUUCAGAUACUGCUUUGCGGCGGCGGAUGGAUAACACUCUUCUCGCCAAAAGCCAUUCAAAUCAAGAGCUUAAUUGAAAAGUUUGCGUUAGAAACACAAGAAAGUCAGAUUGAAUUUGUUCGAGCGCUCAGACAUUACACCAGUGAUGAGCCGUCGAUACUUGGCUUUAGAAAAGGAGAUAUUAUU